AUGUCCACACUGGAGCACGAGAUUACGUUCCGGAAGCAGGCGGAAGUGAGUCAUGAGCUGGAAGCGCGAUUUCGCAGCUCUGCAACAGACUCCAUCAUAAUCACCGAUCAUCGCACCUCCAAGCGUCAGAGUCUGGAGCAGCUGGAGCUGACGCGGCGAGAGGCUGAAGCUGCUCCAAACUGUUGCAUGAGCUACUUGAGCAAUGUUUGCACUUUGAAGAACCUAAAGAAACGUCUGCCCAUAAUCAACUGGCUGCCGCACUAUAAUAGGCCAGAUGCCAUUGGUGAUCUUAUAGCAGGAUUUACAGUGGGUCUAACGGUCAUACCGCAGAGUCUGGCCUACUCCGGUGUGGUGAAUCUGCCUGCGCAGUCCGGACUCUAUGGCUCGUUUCUGGGCUGCUUUGUCUAUGUGCUACUGGGCACCUGCAAGGAUAAUACCAUUGGCAGCACCGCUGUAGCCUCGCUUAUGACCUAUCAGUUUGCACGUGGGAGCUGGCCCAGGUCAGUGCUGCUGACGUUUCUCACGGGCAUCAUCGAGAUACUGAUGGCUUUGUUCAAGCUGGGCUGCCUGGUGGAGUUUGUCUCGGGGCCAGUGAGCGCGGGCUUCACCAGCGCCGUCUCGCUGAUUGUGUUGACCUCGCAGAUGAAGUAUAUACUGGGCGUGAAGAGCGAGGGCGGCUCCUUUCUGCAGAGCUGGCUAAGCAUGUUUCGCGAUAUUGGCAACAUACGCAUCUGGGACAGCUGCUUGGGAUUUGGCUGCUUGGCACUGCUGCUGGCGAUACGCAGCCUGAGCAAAUACCAAGUGGGCGCAAAGGACAAAGCACAGCGCAGUCGUUGGCAGAAUGUGCUUAACGAAGUGAUCAAGUUUGUUGGUGUCACUCGCAAUGCAUCUGUUGUCAUUGGCGCCACUAUGAUUGCAAUGUAUCUGGAGCGCAGAGGCAACAAUCCGUUUCAGCUCACAGGCUACAUACCGCCGGGACUGCCGUCACUGGCACUGCCGCCGUUUUCCGUGGCGCCACAGCCUGGCAACGUCACUGCCGGCAUAGCCGAUGUGCCUGGCGAGAGUUUCUUCGACAUGGUGCAGAGUCUGGGCUAUGGAUUGCUCAUUGUGCCCAUCAUAGCGCUGCUGGAGAACGUCUCUGUCUGCAAGGCCUUUGCCAAGGACAGGCAAAUCGACAUUAGCCAGGAACUCUUUGCCACCGGUGUGGCCAAUAUUGCCAACUCGCUGGUCAGCGGCUAUCGCAGCAAUGGCGGCCUGGCGCGCUCGGCUGUUAACAAUGCCAGCGGCUGUCGCACCAACAUGUCCAAUCUAUAUAUUGGCAUUAUAGUUGUGCUAUCAAUUCAAUACCUCACUGAGUAUUUCUACUUCAUACCGAAGGCUGUGCUGGCUGCAAUUAUUAUCUCCGCUGUAGUCUUCCAGCUGCAGUAUCAAAUCGUCGUGCCCAUGUGGCGCAGCAAGCGCUCUGAUCUGAUACCCGGCGUACUUGCUUUCAUCACUUGCUUGGUGUUUCCACUGGAAAUUGGCAUCAUGGUGGCCAUUGGUGCCAAUCAGCUGUUCAUACUCUAUCAUUCAGCCAGACCCAAGGUUACCUUUGAGCAACUGGAAACAGAGCUGGGCACACAGUUUGUUAAGAUCACACCCGAUCGUUGCUUGAUCUUUCCCUCUGUCGAGUUUGUUAGAAAAAUGAUUGUCAAAUCCGGCAGCAAGUCCACUCUGCCCGUCGUCAUCGACUGCACUUAUAUCUAUGCUGCUGACUUUACCGCCGCCAAAGUUAUCUCAUCCAUUGUCGAAGAUUUUCGCAAGCGCCAGCAAAAGAUAAUCUUCUUUAAUCUCAAGCCCAGCGUGGUCAGCAUAUUCGAGGGUCUCAAGACCAAGCUUGUGCUCUGCUACAACACUCAUGCUCUCAACCAGGAACUCAGCCACAAUGGUGUGGAUAAUUUAGGACACUCAGUCGACUCUCUGGAUACACUUGAGGAGGGCCGCAACUCCUGCGAAUGUCUGAGCAUGCGCACCAAUAGCACGAUAUCGAUACCAAAAGUAUAAUUUUUAAGAAUUUAAUUCUUGUAACAACAUAUGUAUAUUAUUAAAUAAAUUUGCUUAUACUUGCUCAACGUGUUAUAGUUUCGGGAACGAUAU